AUGGGAGGGAACGAGACGGAUAAGCUGGCACUGUUAGCCAUCAAAGCUCAAAUAAAGCGAGAUCCUCUUAAUGUAACGAGCUCCUGGAAUGAAUCCAUUCACUUUUGCUUCUGGUACGGUGUCACCUGCAGUCGACGACACCAUCAAAGGGUCAAAAUGCUAGACCUACAAUCUCAAAAUCUUGCAGGGUUCUUAUCACCAAACAUAGGAAAUUUGAGUUUCCUGAGGGAACUACGGCUCCAAAACAACAGCUUUAGCCAUGAAAUCCCUCCACAAAUUGGGCAUUUGCAUAGAUUGCAGGUAUUACGUCUAGACAAUAAGUCAUUUACUGGCUAUAUUCCAAACAACAUAUCAUAUUGCCUCAACCUCAUCUUUGUGCAUUUGGGCCACAACAUGCUCGUAGGCAAAAUUCCUCCACAAAUCAGCUCCUUAUCGAAGCUUCAAAUACUUGUUGUACAAGUUAACAAAUUAACAGGGGAGAUCCCUCCAUCCUUGGGGAACCUUUCAUCUCUCGAGGUACUUGCUACAGCUUACAAUAACUUGGUGGGAAGCAUCCCUCCUUCGCUUGUUCAAAGUAACAAACUAUCCGGACAGGUGCCGGAUUUUCAAAAGGCUCGUGACCUCCAGUAUUUCAACAUUCAACGUAAUCAUCUUGGAAAUGGUAAAGAUGGCGACUUGAAUUUUCUCUCAGACUUGACCAAUGCCUCAGAGUUAAAAAAGUUGAUUAUAGCCAAUAACGAUUUAGGAGGGAUGUUGACCACAUCAAUAUCCAAUCUCUCAACCACGCUUCAAAAAUUUUGGUUUCAAAAUAACCAACUAGAUGGAAGCAUCCCAGAUGAGAUAGUGAAUCUGGUCUGCUUGGAAUCGUUGGUGAUGUGGCGUAAUCGCUUCACAGGCCUAGGGGAAUGCCGGUCGAUGAAACUAUUGGAUCUCUCUAGUAACAACCUUAGUGGCACAAUACCUCAACAAGUUAUUGGCCUCCCCUCCUUAUCAAUUCUUUUGAACUUGUCUACAAACCACUUUACUGGUUCUCUUCCUAUGGAGGUUGGAACAUUGAAGAACCUAGGUAAACUGGAUGUUUCUGAUAACAUGUUAUCCGGAGAACUUCCUAGGAGCCUUGGUGGUUGUGAGAGUUUAGAAGUCCUACACUUGCAAGGCAACUGCUUCAAUGGUCCCAUUCCUUCGUCUAAUCUGAAUCUAUCUUUCAAUGACUUUUGGGGACGGGUACCAAAUGAAGAGUCCAAGAAACGAGGAUCAUCUCAUAGCUUGAAAUUAAUAAUCCCUUUAGAAGAUAGGCUUCCUCUUCUAGGAAUAGCUAUGGAGAUUAAGAUUAUCCGUUGGGCUGUCCAGCCGUACUGGGCUUCCUUCGUGACUUGGGCUCCUGAGUGGAAAAAGUUGGUGUGUUAUGCUGAGUCUCUCUCAAAGAGAAAGGUUAUUGCCAAAUCUUCAAGAGGUGAAGCUACUCCUUCGAACGCAAAGAAUGGAUCUCCAUCGAGGAAGAAGCCAAGGCUCCCUUUUGCUGAGAAUACUCAAGUGGGGUCUGCUCCACCAUCAUCUGCCAGGGUCAAGCAUCUCGUGGGUGCAGAUAGCACGAAGGUUGGUGGUAUGCGCGGUGCUCGAGGUGUUCUGCCCAAGCCUCCUGCUGACACGCUCGAAAACCAUGAUAUGCUUCGUGAAGCAGCUCGUACCCGGCCUAGUUCUGCCGAGCGUCAAAGAGAUGUAGACAUUCUUCCUCGAAGUUCGAGUCGUCUGCAUCAGUCAAGAGAUGGAGAUCGAAGUGGGAAGUCUGCUCACAAUCCAGUUGUUGAGUCACGGGCAGUCAAGCGUGGAGUUGAUUCAGUAUCAUUGACUCCUUUGGAGAUGAGGUUGGCGGAGGCUAAGAAGACUGGAGAGUCAUCUGCUCGGGCGAAGAGAUCUUCAGUGUCGGCGGUUGAUCCCAAGGUGAACAAGUCCAGCCCUGCAGGGGAUGCAUGCAUGUCUGACCUGCUCGAGACGAACUUUCAAUUAAACCCGUCCUCUUGUGCUGAGUUGGUCGAUCACAUCUGUCAGGUUGGCGAUCUCGGCACCUUCUUAAGUCUUUCCUUGGAAAAACAAAGGGAAGCAACAUUUCAUCUGCUUAAAAAAUGA